AUGGCUCCCUCAGUCUACAUCCUCCUGCAGCGCGACACAGAGUCCAACGUGACAAUCACCUCUGUAUUUCUUGAUCUUCAAGACGCCAACGCUGCACUUCUUCACCAAGCACAAGAAGCAGGCGUUGACCCUGCGAGCGCCAAGCCCGUGGACGGAGACGCCAAGGACUCACUUACCAAGGCACCGCUGCGAUGGGAGGCAGCUGAUGGCACAGCGGCUUGGGUUGAGCGACAUACUGUGACGAACAGAAAGGUUCAUGCACCGGGUGCUGAGAAGCCCGGAUUGAAGAGGAAUGAUAGUCGGCUGUACAUCAACGAUGACGAUGAUGUUAUUGAGGUUGCGGAUCAUGAUGGACAAUACGAUUAA